GGUACAUAGGAGUAAACCGUCUUUGGCUCAAGUAGGAAUUGUGAAGAAUUUAACUCUUAACUCUCUCAUUCUCGCCAUUUUCCUCCUCCAAUUCGCUCUCCGUUACUGUGCUACUGUUUCGAUUACGCACACACACAUCUGUAUCUACAGUCAAUUUUAGAGAAAACAAAAAGCUUGAGGAAUCAGAGGCGAAAACGAAAUGGUGUCGUACGUAAGCUUGUUGCUGUACGGAGUGGGAGGUAUAGUUGUGGCGGGGAUGGCAAUACUGGUUGCAUUUCAGGAAAAACUUGUAUAUGUGCCGGUGUUGCCUGGACUCACAAAAUCAUAUCCAAUUACUCCGGCUCGGCUUCGGCUGCUUUACGAAGAUGUGUGGCUCAGAUCUUCUGAUGGAGUUCGCCUUCAUGCUUGGUUCAUUAAGGUUUUCCCUAACUGUAGAGGCCCAACUAUCAUCUUUUUCCAAGAAAAUGCAGGAAAUAUCGCACACCGUCUUGAAAUGGUUCGCAUAAUGUUACAACGUCUGCAAUGCAAUGUUUUUAUGCUUUCAUACCGAGGUUAUGGAGCCAGUGAUGGAUACCCUUCUCAACUCGGGAUCACAAAGGAUGCUCAGGCUGCACUGGAUCAUUUAGUUCAGAGGACUGAUAUUGACACAUCAAGAAUAGUAGUAUUUGGAAGGUCACUUGGAGGAGCCGUUGGAUCUGUUCUUACCAAAAACAAUCCUGACAAGGUUGCUGGGCUCAUAUUGGAGAAUACUUUCACCUCUAUCCUGGAUAUGGCUGGAGUUCUCUUGCCAUUCUUGAAGUGGGUCAUUGGAGGAAGUGGUUCAAAGGGUCUCAAACUUCUUAACUUUGUUGUUCGAUCUCCAUGGAAUACCAUUGAUGUCAUUGGUGAGAUCAGGCAACCAAUCCUCUUCCUAUCUGGAUUACAAGAUGAGAUGGUUCCACCAGUCCACAUGCAGAUGUUAUAUGCAAAGGCAGCUGCACGCAACAGGCAAUGCUUAUUUGUGGAAUUUCCUAACGGGAUGCACAUGGAUACCUGGUUGGCAGGUGGUGAUCACUAUUGGAGGACAAUUCAGCAAUUUUUGGAAGAAACUGUUCGAAAGAAGAAGGACGAUGAAUCAAAGGAAGAUAAGGAAUUGUCCUCUAAGCAAAAUGUAUCUUCAGAAUUUGUCGCAAGCUGAAAUCUUGAGUUUCAGGCAGUUCAGAUGUAACUUUGGAUUCCAGGAUUCAAAUACAUUUCUUUUGAUGUUGCAGUGACCAAGAGCGAUUUGUGAUAUCAAGGAACGAGAAGUGCAUCCCUUCAAAUUUAUUCUUCUGAAUAUAUUUUUGCAAUCCUAUUUUCAGAAGGCAGAAAGAUGUGAAUGGUCUUAAUUUAUACUGCAUCUCACUAACAAUACUAGCAUCUCCAGAUAUAGGUCCGGCUGACUCGUGUUGUAUGAAUAAAGAUUCAAACGUUUCAAUUGUAUGCAAAACGUAAAUGCCAACUCUACCACCCAGUUACAGAACGUCUGAAUGAGUAACUCUUAUUUUGGUGUGAUGCUUUUUCUUCGAACCGAGUUGUAAUUGGUGAACUUUCAGCCUAUAUCUUGUAUUAUUCAAUAUGUUUGUAUCCUUCCA